AUGACCACAUCACCAGAUCCUCAGGCCUGGCAAACACCACCUUGCAAGGUGGCAGGAGACGAGGAUGGGAAGAUAACCACAGCAGGAGAGAAAGACGAGCAUUGGCUGCAGCUCCGAGCUAAGAUGAGGCCCUCAACAACAGACGCGCUUGCUGCAUCUCUGCUUUGCACCAUGAUGGCACUGACUGCAGUCGACGGACACAUCUUGUCCAACAGUUCUUGUCCUGGCAAUUGGACCGAUUCAGGGGACCGCUGUUUCCGCUUACUUCCCAAGCCCAUGAUCUGGUCUACAGCUCAGAAACAUUGUCAGGCCAUGGAGGCCAACCUUGCAUCAGUACACAACUUUAGCGAGGUGGACUUUAUUCAUCGCAUGGCAGGAAACCAGACGCCUGUGUGGAUUGGAGGCUCGUCUUGCCAAGAGAAAAAUGUGUGGCUCUGGAGUGACGGAACUAAACUCGACUAUACGUACUGGUGUCCAGGUCACCCAAAACCAGACUCAGAUGGGUGCUGUCUAUAUAUUUCUCCUAAAGAUGGAAAGUGCUGGGAAGAGUUUGCAUGUAACAACCUCUACCCCUCAGUCUGUGUCAUGAAGCAUACUUAACAGAGCCCUCGAGUACAGAAAGAAUUAAACAAUGUCAGUGCCUCUGACAAUUGGGAAUACAUUAAAAUUGUCUACAAGA